CAUUAAUCGCUAACAGCACGUUAUUAACCAUUUGUGACUUGGUACUCCAAUAAGGAGUUUUGAGCUUACGCUAAACUACUCGCAUUCUCCUUAGUGAUUAACGGUUUCACCAUUAACAGUAGGUUACCAAUGUGGUUAACAUUUAAACUGUUAACGACACAACAUUUAUCACCCUAUUUUAUAUACCUCUCCCCAUCACAUUUACAUGCAUCAAGGUAGUUUCUUGUCGGCACAGACUAGAUUUGUAUUUUAGGCAAUCAAUCGAUUAAAAAAAUAAAACUCUUAUAUGAUUUAAUCUUGAAUCAAAUAUCAUAAUGACUACAAAUCAUCCAACUCAUAUCUCGAACUAGAUGAAGUUUAAUUCGUACUUCAACAACAAAUCGAUAUAGAUAUUAAAAUACUUGUUUGAUGAGUUUCACUUGCAUUUCUCUAACAAGUGAGAGGGGACAUGUACCAAUAAACGAAAAAGGAAAAGAGGAAGAAACAAAGAAAGAGGGGUGAAGAAUGGAUGGAUUAAAUUAGGAAUUUGUGAUUAUACUUUUGACUUUGCGGUAAGAGUGUAUAGUAAUAAUACUAUUAUUGGUUUACCAAAACAGUAAAUCAGGAGCGGGAUUUAGGGAUUUUGAAACAUAUGGGUAAGUUAAGAAGAUUUUUUUUGUGUGUGAAUAAGUGAAGAAGAUUAAUUCUAUAAGAAUAGUAUUAAUUAAUUAAGUAAAUAUAUGAAAAAUCAGUAGUCAUUUACGGUUUAGGGCUGUCACCAACGAGGCUCAAGAGUCGAAAGAGGCUGCUCGAGGUCGAUGGAGGCAUUUCGUAGCAAGGACGCGACGAGGGCGUCGCGAGAAUAGGUGGGGGAGAAUGUCACGCGUGGCGGGUGACAUGGCGAGUGAUGUGGCAGAUCAUGACCAAGUCAAGCACGUGUGGCGUUAUGGAAGACCUAGUAGCAUAGGAUGCUCCUAGGAUUCCCCAUCAUGAAUAUGAGCUUAAUGGUGCACAUAAAGAGCCACAUUAUGAGGUGGUAUAAUGGUGUGCAUUAUGGGGGAAACUUAAUAGGGUGUAGUAAUGGGGAGGGACCAUUAUGAGGGGCAUUGAUGCCUUGUAUGAGGAGAGACCUAUAUAAGGAUCCAUCUCCCUCACUUGUAACUCAUCCAUCAUUUUUGUGAGCAAUACAACUAUAGAGUUUCUCCCAUCUUCUUGUGUCUUCUUCUUGUGAGUUGAGUGAGUUUGAGAGCUUGUGAGAAGGCUGCCUAGCAUCUCUAACGGAAUUGAGAGCUAGGGCUGCACGACCAAGAGUAAGGCCGUGACAGUUAGUAUCAGAGCCUGGUUCUGAAAGAAGAACCGGUGUCCUCAUUCCCCAAGAAGGAAUGUAAGAAAGAGCGAGAACCUCACCAAAGAUGGCUGGAUCAGAAGUCCAUGAAGAUGCGGAGAAGCAAUGUGGAAGAGAUCCCACUCCGGGCGCAAUGUCAAAAGGUACGUCGAGCACUCGUGAUCCUCUCAAGUCUCUAGAGAGGCGAGUCUCGAGGAUGGAGGUGAAGCUUUCCGAAGAUGUCACCGUCAUGGAGGAUUUGGGAGCUAACUUCACCCAAAUCCAAGGCGAUGUUCAAAGUGUGGCGGCUAGAGUGACGAGUUUGGAGGUUGGCAAUGAAGGGCUUCGAGAUGAGCUCAUGGUCCUCAUCAAAGACACCAUCUCCACCGCCAUGAACGAUGCCAUUGAGGUAAUGAAGGAGGCGGUUGCUGCAGAGGUGACCACUUUGAAGGAGGAGGUUGCGGAGCUCAAAAGCGAGGUGAUGCUUGUGAAGAGGGCCAUGGCUAACGGGCCUGCCAUUGCACAACCUGCCUCAAACAUGGAGAUUCCAAGACCAAAGAGCUUUCAAGGGUCAAGGAAUGCAAAGGAGUUAGAGAACUUCCUAUGGAGCUUGGAGCAAUACUUUGGAGCUUCGGGUAUUCGAGAUGAGAAUACCAAGGUAAAAACUGCACCUCUUUACUUGAGUGAUGUUGCUAUGCUGUGGUGGAGAAGGACCCAAGGCGAUAUCAAUAGAGGGACGUGCGUGAUGGAGUCAUGGGAUGACUUCAAGAGGGAGAUCAAGAGACAAUUCUACCCAGAGAAUGUUGAGUUUGAAGCCCGAUCGAGACUAAGGAGGCUUGCUCACGAAGGAGAGAUUCGAGGGUAUGUGAAGGAGUUUUCUGAAUUGUUGCUCGAGAUCCCUGACUACACCGACAAGGAGGCUAUGUUCACCUUCCUUAACGGCCUCCAACCAUGGGCGAAGUUGGAGCUACAACGGCGAGGCGUGCAAAGUCUUGCCGAGGAAAUGGCGAUUGCCGAGUCCCUAGUCGAGUACCAUGAGCCGGAGGAACGUGUGGAGUUUGGAGGCAAUGGAGGUGGACGCGACUAUGACAGAGACACACGAAGGCGUGGUAGACUGGACCAAGGAGGUAGUCAUAAGGUUGAGAAACCCCUUACUUGCUUUCUUUGUGAUGGUCCGCAUCGUGUGAGAAAUUGCCCAAGAAAGCACAAGUUAUCGGCAAUGAAGGCCGUACUAGCAGAGUGCUCGAGCUCGGAAGAGGAAGCGGAGGCGACUCCAAGAGUGGAGCCCUAUGUCGCGAAGAUUGGUUGCAUGAAGAGAUUGAGCGCCAUUAAGCUGAAGGAAGAGCCUCCCCAUCCCGAGCAACACGGCCAAUGCUUCGUAGAGGCAAAGCUCAACCAAAGAAAGACAAAAGCCUUGGUUGAUACCAGGGCAAGCUGCAACCUUCUCGACGUAGAUGAAGUGCAGAGGCUAGGCAUCACGUGCGAGAAGAAGCAAAGAGGGUGGAUGAAGGCUACCAACUCAAGGGCCACAAUAACUCAGGGAGUAGCGCGCCAGGUGCCACUCAAGCUUGGAGGAUGGACCGAGGUGGCGGACUUUGAGGUUGUGUCGUUGGAUAACUAUCAGGUCAUCAUUGGCAUGGAGUUCAUGGUGCGGGAGAAAGCUUUCCCGAUCCCUUACGCCAAUAGAUUCUGCAUCAAUGUCGGAGCAAGAUCGGUUCCCAUGAAAAGAGAGCAACUUGAGUCAAACAAGAGGUGUUUGGCAAGGCAAGAGCAGCGAGAAGUGGCAAUGAUGGUGGAGGCAGCGGCUCACUCAAAGACUCGUUGGAAAAGGACGAGAAGGAGGAGUGCACAACAUCGUGGAGCCAUGAGAGACGGGGAUGGAUCAUCUUCGACUUGCCAAGAGAAGCAAGGAAAGGCCACCAUUAUCGAGAAGGCGGGACACUCGAAGACGCGAUGGAGAAGACCGCGGAUGAGUGCGCAACAUCAUGGGAGCACAAGGCUCGAGAGCGAGCCAAAUCCAUCCUUGGUUUGGAGGAAGGUGCAACGAGACCUUGCAAGCAAUGAAGCUAAGGCAAGGGAGGCGUCUGCCAAAGAGCCACGACGAGGGCGUCGUCGAUUGAGUGGAGGAGAAUGUCACCAACGAGGCUCAAGAGUCGAAAGAGGCUUCUCGAGGUCGAUGGAGGCAUUUCGUAGCAAGGACACGACGAUGGCGUCGCGAGAAUAGGUGGGAGAGAAUGUCACGCGUGGUGGGUGACAUGGCGAGUAAUGUGGCAGAUCAUGACCAAGUCAAGCACGUGUGGCGUUAUGGAAAACCUAGUAGCAUAGGAUGCUCCUAGGAUUCCCCAUCUUGAAUAUGAGAUUAAUGGUGCACAUAAAGAGCCACAUUAUGAGGUGGUAUAAUGGUGUGCAUUAUGGGGAAAACUUAAUAGGGUGUAGUAAUGGGGAGGGACCAUUAUGAGGGGCAUUGAUGCCUUGUACGAGGAGAGGCCUAUAUAAGGAUCCAUCUCCCUCACUUGUAACUCAUCCAUCAUUUUUGUGAGCAAUACAACUAUAGAGUUUCUCUCAUCUUCUUGUGUCUUCUUCUUGCGAGUUGAGUGAGUUUGAGAGCUUGUGAGAAGACUGCCUAGCAUCUCUAACGGAAUUGAGAGCUAGGGUCGCACGACCAAGAGUAAGGCCGUGACAGGGCCCGCUAGAAGGGUGUUUGCUCUUUCUUUUUCAUCAUUAUUUUGAUCAGCAUUACGCUUGGAGGCACACCCGGCGAGGGCCGGCCGCUUAGUGGACCUGGCCCAAUCUCCACCACCUCUGCUACAUUCUCUUUCUUGUAUUUGUAAUAUUUUUCCAUUUAUUGUGUUCUGACCAAGUAUAGUAGUCAGAGCAUUAUUUAUCUAUUCAGGAGCGGCUGUAUCUGGUAAUUAAUUAACCUUUUGCCA